AUGGCAGGCAUGCACUCGACCAUGUUAGGCUGGCUGGCUCUGGCUGGCAGCAACGUAGCCUCCGCCAUGACGAUUUCAAGCUCUCCUGUGGGCUCAACUUCCGCAGCAGCGCCAACCGGAACUUCCUACCCCUCGGGGUUCGACAUGAAAUCCAGCUGGGGCAAUCUUAGCCCCUAUGCCGACGCCCCCGGCUUCGAGGUUCCCAAGGGAUACCCCACGGAAUGCGAGUUGUCUCAGGUGCAUGUCUUGCAUCGCCAUGCGCAGCGAUAUCCGACCCAAUGGCCGCUUGAUGGCGGAGACAUGGAGUCAUUUGCGUGGAAAGUGGGCAAUUAUUCCAAGAAGAACCCGGAUAAAAAGAUUGGCACUGGUCCGCUGGAGUUCCUCAAUAAAUGGGAAUACCUGCUCGGCCUGAACACUCUGCUGCCCACCGGCGCAGCCACAGAAGUUACCUCAGGUGCGCUGUUCUGGAGCAUGUAUGGUCGCCUACUAUAUCAUGCUGGCCCGGGGGAUGCGGCCUAUGACUCGUCCUUGAACGUAUAUCCCAAUGGCACGGCUCGCCCGAAACCGACGUUUCGCACCACUUCAUACCCUCGCAUCCUCGAGAGUGCCCGCUGGUGGCUGAGCGGGUUCUUUGGGAACACCGGGGCCAACAGCUCUUAUUCACUAUAUGACCUGACCAUUAUUCCGGAGCAAGAUGGCUUCAAUAAUACUUUGUCCUCUACCUCCUCUUGUACCAAUGGGAGUGAUGUCGGCUCGAGCAGAGAUAACGCCGUUGAAGCCUUCGCCCCGGCACUGGUCAAGAGUGUACUCAACCGUUUUGUGAAGUUCAUGUCCGACGACUUCGAUCUAGAUGAGAUGGACGUCUAUGCCAUGUUCAAUCUAUGCCCUUACGAAUAUGCCACCCUGGGUCGAUCGUCCUUUUGCACCUUGUUCACGGAGCAGGAAUGGCGGGACUUCCAGUAUGCCAUCGACCUGAGUUUCUAUGGAAAUUAUGGUUUCGGGGCGCCUAGUGGCCGCGCCCAGGGUAUUGGCUACGUCCAGGAGUUGGCUGCCCGGUUGCAAUCCCGACUUAUCAAAAGCAGUGAUAGCAGCAUCAACUACACCUACGACGAUAACUCUAAGGACUUCCCGCUGGACCAGCCGUUGUACAUGGAUAUGUCUCAUGAUGAUAUCAUUGUGUCCGUACUGACGGCACUGGGACUCGAUUACUUCAAGGCCGGGCCUCAUGGAUUGCCUACGUCUGUCUCACAUGCACCUUCGAGCAACCGGUUUAAUAUGAACCAGAUCACACCCUUCGGCGCACGCUUGUUCACAGAAAUUUGGACCUGCCCGAGGGGCUCAUCUUUCAACCAGCUCCAGGAGCAGCUAUACACGAACCCAGACCUCUCGGGCCAGUCCAGUACAAUUGACUAUCUGCGUUUUGUACUAAACAAUGCGCCAGUGCCCGCCGAUGGCCUGUGUGGCAGCGCUGUGAAUGGGUUUUGUCCCGUUGAGGAGUUCCUCAGCCAGGUGCCCAACCUAAAUAAGGAGGCCAUGUACCAGGAAGCAUGCUUUGGCAAUUACAAUAUUACAACCCAAGUGGCCAAUGGCCAGCCGAUCCAGUCUUAG